GGGCCUAUUUUAGAGAGCCAUUCACAUGAGGCAGCAGAAACCAUAAAUCAAUCAUUCAAAAUCAUAAACCGAUUUUUCCUGCACGACAUCACUGCUACACUUUCACACUCUCUGAUUGGCUUCUCUUUUUAAAGCAGUACUCAGAACAGCCAUGUCUGAGGGGUGAGUCUGUAACUGUCACACUCUGUGCCUUUCAAUCAAUCACACAACUAUGUUGGCUCCCCAGCAGUACUCAUAAACCAGAACAGCCAUGUCUGAGGGACCGAAAAAGACAAAGUACUCAGCGACUCGCAGGUUACUGCUGAAGCAAAAACUGCUGAAGAAAGCUGGGGUCUUGCUGGUCCAGGAGCAAAGCAACAAGGUGACGGAGAGGGAAAGCACCUUGAGCGAGAGAGUACCACCUCUGAAACUCUCCGGCCUAUCUGUGCAAGAGCUUCAGGAGCUCUGUAAGGAACUGCACAGGAAAUGUGACACAGUGGAUGAGGCACGAUACGAUAUCGAAGCAAAAGUCCUGAAGAAUGAGAAAGAGCUCGUGGACCUGAAUGCAAAGAUCAACGAGCUGAAAGGGGGGAAGAGACCUAACCUCAAGAAGGUCAAGAAGUCUGCCGACGCUAUGCUGGGGGCUCUGACUGAGGCCAAACUCAGCUCCAAGGCGGACUUCAAGUCCAACCUGAAGACAGUCAAGAAGGACAAGAAGGAAGAGGAGAAAGUGGACCCAGGUGACUGGCGGAAGAAUGUGGAGUCCAUGUCUGGAAUGGAGGGAAGAAAGAAGCUUUUCAAUAGCUAAAACAGUUACAAAUGCACGGGCUCUGUUGAGAUCUACGGCUGCAUUGCCUGAUUGUUUACUCAUUUUUAUUUAGAAUUUUCCCGGAAAAUAUAUAUUUUUUGCAGUGAGAUUGUGUUUUGGGGGAAAGUAUGAAGUGUGAGGUAUUUUAACCUAAAGACUGAGGGAACUAUAAAGACUGUGAGAACUAAUCAAUAUUUUUAUUAAAAACUAUUUGGUGUGGGCUACAUGAUUUUGAUUCCUAUCAUGAGAAAAUAGUCAAAUGUGGAACAACCUAAUAAUACUCAUCAUAUUAGUUCAUUUUGUAAAUAUUCAAUUCCAGUGUAUUAAAACACCAAUUAUUCUGUUUUGGUUUAUCUGCCAAUAGCUAUGAUUUAAAAAAAUAUGAUGAAGUUGGUUCUCUUUUAUGUUGUUUACUUUUGCCAUAAUGCAAUAUGAAAAUCUUAAAAACACAUACAGUGUAGAUGCUGUUAAUUACAUGGAUAAGGCCACUCAAUGUGUCAUGUUGGAUUUUCAAGAGCAGUUCUCCUUUCAGACUGUGGGUGCCACUAUAGACAAGCUAUUGUACUAUUUAACCAAGGUUGCCAUUUUCACCUCUGUCACUUCAGUUCAAUCCUAUCACCACUAGGGUGUGUUAUAGCAUUACCCUUUCAUUUAAAAGUUGACCUGUGGGUGGUUUGUGCUUACAAAUGACACCUGGGCGUAUCAUUCACUACCACUGAUCUCUGGUUAUCAAUGGCAAAGUCAGUAAUCAUCUUGAUGAUCAAAAUCUCCCCUGGCCCAAAGACUACUAGCAAAGAAAGGAGACGUUUGAAUCGUCGUGUAGUUCCGGUGAAUUAUACCAAUAAAGAGAACGAAACUGGUUGAAUUCAGCAGACAUAAACAUAAGCUGGCUAGAGGAAGGGAAAGGCAGUAUGGAACAAGGCAUCCUCCCUGCAGAUCAUUACAGAUGGUACAGAGACACACAUAGGUGAGUAACCUGCCAUCGGGCUUCAAAGGGUGGGGGAAGUCAAGCAGCACGCGUCUGCAAAUAUGCAUUCAUUUUUAUAGGGCAGUGAUGUGUUACAGUUUUUUUUCUGUGAUAAAGGACAGCUACUGUCCCUAACCCUUUCCACAGCUCUCUUUGGCAUGAGACACGUUUGCUUGUGCUGGUAGGAAAAUGGUCGAGGCAAAUGUGAUGAGAGUAAACAUUUACAAUGUCUGACAAGGGCUCUAAAACUAUAAACAUGCGGUAUCCCAUUUUUUUGUGGGAGACAGAGACACUCUAUCCAUUUCGUUUCUAUUUACUGUACAAUGUGAUUCUUUGGGUUGCUGAUACUCCUCUAAUAAAGUCGUCUUUACGUUUUAUGAUUA